CGUUUACUCACAACAUUCUGCAAGGCGCUCUGUCCUCUCGGUCACCAUGGCUGUUGAUCCUCUCCAGCUCCUUUCCCUUAUUGCCUUCCUAUCCGCCCUUGAGGCUCGCGGAGUGUGUCUAACCACUGGUCUGACCAACACGACCAACUGUUUGCCUUUCAACAGACUGUUGGACAGCUCUUGGUGCGGACCGUCAAACACUAACGCCGCCGCUCCCAAUAUGAGCCCCUUUGGUUAUGCAAGUAGAGGCUUCUUACAGCAUCCUUCCGCCCCUGACCGGUCUGACCCUUGCUAUCCUUUGGGCUUUUCGGACACGACAUCUUCCACUACAUCUUUUCUUCUGCUCUACCAGUUCCUCCUUAUCUUCUCAGGUCAAUUUGCUGCCAUCUCACGAGAGAUCUUGUCUCUGCGUCGCUCCGUUUCCUUGCUCGAGUCCUCGUUGUCUGCAGUUGAGGAUCAAAUCGCUCUACUUACCAACGCUCAUGAAUCAACUUUGGCACCGCCCAAGGACGAACCGGCAUUUUACGAUACCGAAAAACUGGGUCAACAAUUACAGCACCUUUCCAGCAUGGUGGCCGCCCAGCAGGGACAAAUGAGCGCGCUGCAUGACACGGUCGGUGCACUGCAGGCGUCCACAGUCCACAUUGCCCCAGAUCACCAAUUACUUGCUGAACAAGCGCGGAGUUAUGAAGAGUUUGACGCUUCCCAGAAACAUCACCGAGAUCAAUUGCCUACUCAGAUUCAGGAUCACAUUGAAUGCAACAAAGUUUACACUGCUUUGCGUCAGGAUCUGCAAAAACUCUCGGACUUGACCUCGAUCAAUGAUACCAAGAUUAAUGUAUCGUUGGAUCACCUCCGUAGUCAGAUCGUCGACCAAGUCAAAGACCAGAACCGGACUGAGAAAGAGGUUGUACUCUUGCGCGAACAGAUGUCAAGAAAAUUUGGGGCGUUUCAGUCACGAGUAUCUUCUCUUACGUUGGACGCCGUGAAGGUACCCCAUGGUGUUCAACUAUCGGACCAGGCUGCCAAAGAAGCUCGUCGGGCAAAGGCAAUGGCGGGAGUGAGUUGUCGUGUCAUACAGCUUCUAGCCGAAAAUUCGCGGUGUGUUUUGGCUAACGGAGACACCAUCCUACAGAAUGACGAAAACGGUGCGGUAGUUCCGUCUGCACGCUCUUCACCAAUCGGACUCUCCUCAGUGGCUUCAUCGAGACCUCUGGUCGGGCGCUUUCAGGGCUCUGACGUAUUCAAGGUUUCGUCACCCUGUGUCCAACGGGUUGAGAUUACUGCUCCUUCCGACACCAAGGUGCUGUCUAAUCCGCAUUCAACACCCCCAUCUCGGCAAUACACAAAUUGCAAGGAAAACGUGGCUGGUACUAUUCAUUCGAAUUCUUCCUCCGUCAGUGCUGCUUGUUGCCAAGAUGAUGCUGGGGUUAGCGUCCUUAGGAGGAAACAGAAACCCAUGACCACUCCCUUCCGACCCAAGGAUGUCAACCGAAUCCCGACGCCUUCACCGUCAUCACACGCGCUCGAUGUGAUAUCUACCACAACGGUUUUACCUCGUCCAGGACUCUCUGCAUUACAGCGUGGUCAUGUAUCUGCGUCACGAAUCCUGGAGCCUGGCGACUCGGAAUACCGCAAUAAGAGCCUCUAUGCUUCUCCUCUGAGCGGUGCCCGCACCCGAGGGUGGCUAUAAGAGCCGAGUACUAUCUGCCAUCUCCCCAUCCUUCUUGAAAUUUGGCGACCAACAAGUGUCUUUCUCCGUUUCCCUGCGUCGCAAUGUCAAUGACGCACAGGUAAUUACAGCCUACUAAGGACUCGAUUUUGUGCGCUGCUGGCACCAAUUUCUAUGUACAGAACCUUGUCAAAUUUUCAGCCUGCCACAUUCUGCCCAGCAUAGUUUGCCGUCUGGCAGGGCCAGUUCUGCCCGGUAUCAUCACCCGUCAGUCUGGUUCAAUCCACCAUAUUUUAAGUUGAAGAUCACCAGGGAUUGGUUAUAACAACCCACCCCGCAGGUCAUUUUUUGUGGUGCCAAAAACCACAUUUUUUGCCGGAUUCACC